CUUCUGUUCUGAAUGAUAAUGAUGUCCCAAUAAAGAACAACCCAAAAAAAGAGAGAAUGUUCACUUCUUGUUGAUUAAAUUAUUAUUCUUAUUGCCACCAAAAUUACCAAGAAAGAAAAUUUUUCUACCAGUAUUCAGGCUCAGAAGUUUGGCCUGAUUAAAGUUGGAACACCCGGUUCUCCUGGGAGUUUUAACGGCCGAAAUAAAAGCGCAACCCACAGUUUUACUUAAUUCUUGUUAGCUCAUUUCUCUGCCUUCUCUUACCUCUCUGGAUGGGAAGGGUUAAGCUAAAGAUAAAGAGAUUGGAAAGCAAUAGCAAUCGGCAAGUUACAUAUUCGAAAAGGAGGUCUGGAAUCUUGAAAAAAGCGAAAGAAAUUUCUGUACUAUGUGACAUUGAUAUUAUGCUUCUUAUGUUUUCCCCUAAUGGAAAACCAACCAUAUUCACCGGAGCACGCAGCAAUGUUGAUGAGAUUAUCUCAAAAUUUGCUCAACUAUCUUCUCAAGAAAGGGCAAAAAGGAAGUUGGAAAGCCUUGAGGUUUUGAAGAAAACUUUUAAGAAGCUUGACCAUGAGAUUAACAUUCAAGAGUAUUUGGAUGGAAGUGCUCCAUCAGUUGAGGAAUCCUGCAGCCAAGUCAGAGUUCUGCGAGCUCAACUAACAGAAUUGCACAAGAGACUAAGCUGGUGGAGUAACCCAGAGAAGGUAGAAGAUAUUGAGCAUCUCAGGCAGAUGGAAGGUUCACUGAGGGAAUCACUUACUAGAGUUCGUGCACUUAAGGAAAAUUUUGUGAAGCACCAGCUUAUGCCAUUAAAUUGCUCAGGCCAGUUCCAGAGUGGAAUGCAAUUUGCGAUGACGAUGGAUGGUAACCAAGAUGGAACAACGCUGCCAUGGAUUCAAGAUAAUGAGAAUCAACCUGUGAUAUUGUCCAAGGACUCAGACUUUAUUACUCAGAGAGAUAUGGAAUACCCCAGAGAUGCGUCCCUUCCCGGCUGUUCUGCACUCUUUACCACGGGAAAAGAAGCAGAGAUUGAUAAUACAGGAUUGAUAGAUAACAUCAACUGCCCCAGAGAUAUUACCCUCUCUAGCUGUUCUGGUUUAUUUGGCAAUAGUAAGGUAGAAGAGACCAACAAUACGGGAAAGAUGGAUAAUAUGGAAUGCCCCAGAGAUACAUCUCUUCCAAGCUGUUCUGGUUUAAUCGACCGAGGGAAAGAAACUGAGUUUCAUAAUGCAGAACAAGUUGAUAGUAUAACACAAGAAGGUAGUGCAAUGGAUGAUUUAAGUGCCAUUUCAUGCUUGAGAUUACAACUUGGUGGGGAACAACCAUACUAUCCAUAUAGUCAUCUAAACAUACCAGAACUCAACAAACUAGAGGUUGGACGAGAGGCAAAUUUCCAAGAGAAUCCCAUGACUUAUCCAAUGAAUGGGAACUUUGAAUUGCCUAGAUCCAUUUAUGCAAAUUUGGGCCAUCCUUGGUUCCCUGCAUCUGAUGACUGUGAGAUCAACAUGAUGAAUGACAAUCCAUUUACUCAGGAACUCUGUUCACAUCCCCCGCUCCUUCUUCCCCCUCUAGCCUCUCAAACAAAAUGAAAGGACUAGUCAAAAGAAACGGUAACAGAAACAAGAAAGCCAAUGGGAUGAAUGUUAUUUUUCUGCAACCUGGCUUCAUUGGAAAAUUUCAAUUUGACUAGCUAUUUUUCAAUCUAUCGACUUAAAAGGCAUAACAUUAACUUGUUUCCAAUUUCUAUUUGCUUUUCGUGGAUUUGUCCAUAGGUUUCUCCUGGGUUCUGUGAAUUUGGAGAAUUAGUUGGAAGUUGCAUAUUGCUUCCCAUUUUUCUUUUAACAAUGUUCAAAACCGUUCCAUAUUGCUACAAUCUGCCAGUGCUAUAAAUCGCACAUUAACAAAACUUAAAUGGAGGCUGUGAAUCGAGAUUUUGGGAAACUUAAUGGGAAACAAUACAAGUGCAGCACAGUUUGUAAUAUCUUCUUAUUGCCAUUUAACUUUUGCUUGUAUUAUUUGUU